AUGUAUGACUCUGGAACAACAACCAUCGGCGAAUAUACAUUCAUCUACUCGGGCCAUUCAAGUGCAGACAAAACUCGCUCAGCUCAUGGAGUAGCAAUAGUUCUUAACAAGCAAGCAACAACAGCAUGGAAAAACCUUGGUUCAACUUGGGAAGCCGUCAAUGAACGUAUUGUUAUGAUUCGUCUCGCAAGCAAACCAAUCAACGUUACCGUCAUCGCUAUAUAUGCACCUAUCAACCCAAAAAAUCAGCAGCAAGCCGGCUCAACAACUGAUCCUUUUUAUGAAGAUCUACAAAAAACAAUCAACAAAGUACCAAAAUGCGACAUGCUCCUCAUUAUUGGUGAUUUCAACGCUCGCGUAGGUCAGGAACAACAUCGUACAAGUAGCAAUGUCGUUGGUCCACAUGCUGUAGAUACCAUAAAUGACAAUGGCGAACAUCUCGUCGAUUUUUGCUCUAUAAACAACCUUAUUAUGUGUAACACGUUUUUUCAACACAAACCUGUUCAUCAAAAAAGCUGGAUGCAUCCUGGAAGCAAGACCUGGCAUAUGUUGGACUAUACCCUAGUCAACAAGAAAUUUCGCUCAAGCGUCGAAGAUGUUCGAGUGCAUCGCACAGCAGCUGGAGUAAUCGGAACUGAUCAUCACCUUCUCCGCAUCAAACUCAAGUUCCAUCUGAACAGUCGAAGAAAAAUAAUCAAAAAUCAACUAUUACGUGUAGAUCGAAAAAAACUCAAAAAUGAGCAAUUGAAAAUGGCAUUUCAAGCCCAAUUAAACCAACGACUCCAACAACCAACAUAUUCUCCUCAAACCAUCGAUCAAAAGUAUACCAAUUUUGUUGAUUAUGUACGUCAAACAAGUGGAUCAAUUUUCCAAGAAGAUGGAAAUGGCAGAAAAUACAAGGAAUGGUUAACAGAUGAAAUCCUCGACGUUGUUGACAAAAAAGCAAAAGCAUUUCUAGAUUGGCAAAAUUUUCGUGGCACUUCUCUCGAAGCAAAAUAUCGCAAGAGCUAUUGUCUCCUUCGAAAUUUGGCCAAAAAGAAAAUCGAAGCACGACAAGUGGAAUAUUGGGACGAACUCAGUAUGGAAAUUGAAAAUGCCAUCAAGCAACAUGAUCCAGCAACUGCCUAUGCAAUUAUUCGACGUCUGAGAGGCGGGCGAGCAAAAAUCGAAAAUUUUCCAAUCUUCGACAAACAAGGAUGUCUCCUAACAAACUCAGAAGAAAGACUCAAUCGUUGGAAAGACUAUUUUAACGACCUUUUAAAUGUACCAUCCAUCGUCGACCAAACAACAAUUCAACAAAUCCCUCCCGCAACAAUUACCACAAGUGAGCAACGACGUCAAGACAAAACUCCUACCCUUAGUGAAGUGCAGUGUGCAAUCAAGCAAAUGAAAAAUGGCAAAGCUCCUGGAAACGAUGGAAUUUCUAUAGAUGUUAUCAAGGCUGGUGGUCUUCCAAUGGCAAAAUGGUUACACGAGAUCUUCGUUGAUAUUUGGGAAAAUGAAAUAAUGAUCAAAGAUUGGACAACUGCAAUACUGAUCCGACUAUAUAAGAAUAAGGGUGAUAAAAAGAUUUGUGACAAUUAUCGUGGAAUUUCUCUUUUAGUCGUAACAAGCAAGAUCUUUUCUAGAAUCAUUCUCAAUCGAGUACAAGGCCUUCUGGACAAACAACUAUUAGAAGAACAAGCUGGCUUUCGAUCAAAUCGUUCAACAAUCGAUCAGAUAUUCAUUCUCAAAAUGAUAAAGGAGAAAUCUCACAACAACAACAAGCCCCUUCAUAUGUGUUUCAUCGACAUUAUGAAAGCUUAUGAUUCCGUCGAUCGUACUCUUCUUUGGCAAAUAUGUCGCCAUUACGGUCUUACUGACAAGAUUGUUCAAAUGCUCAUACUUCUUUACCAGGACACCAAAGCACAAGUUCGAAUAAAUGGAGAAAUUUCUGAUCCAUUUGAUAUCAAUUCUGGCGUUCAACAAGGUGGAAUUCCUUCCUGCAUCCUCUUCAACGUCCUAUUCGACUUCAUCAUGCGUCGUGUCAUUGAACAGGUAAAACUUCUCGGUAUAACUGGAAUCAAAAUGGCGUAUGGUAGUAACGACUUCUUUCAUCCUGCAAGUGAUAACUAUAUAGAUUUGGAAAUCCUCCUCUUGCUAUAUGCUGAUGACUUGGUCAUGAUGUGUAACAAUGCCACUGAUCUGGAACUCUUCAUUCAAUGCUUUGAACAAGUGACACAACAAUUCGGACUCACAAUGAGUGUAAAGAAAACAUGCGUCAUGUCCCUCAAACAACUACAACAAGAUCUUAUAACAAACAAAGUCAUCAAAGAUCAAGAAAUUGGCAACCAAAAUCUGACAAUAACCAUUCGGAACGAAAAAAUUGAAACUGUCAACGAUUUUCGUUACCUCGGAUGUUGUGUAACAAGAGAUCAAUCGAUCGAGAAAGAACUCGAAACUCGUCUUGCAAAAGCCUCAAGAGCGUUCAAUAUGUUACGUCAUGUUAUCUGGUGUAGAAAAACCGUUUCCAUUCAAGCAAAAUUGCGAAUUUUUCGCGCUUGCGUUCUUCCGGUUCUCCUUUAUGGCAGUGAGAUAUGGUCAACAACAGCAGCACAAGAACAACGUCUCAAUACCUUCUAUCUCAAAUGCCUCAGAACUAUAAUUGGAAUCAAUUUGGAUGACCGUAUGCCAAACGAACAACUUCUACAACUCACUGGACAACCACAUCUAAGCAAUAUCCUCAGUAGAAAUCGGCUUCGUUGGUUGGGACACGCAAACAGGAUGCAAACAGAAAACAACGUACCAUCAAUGGUCAAAAAAGCCAUGUUUGCAUACUUUCCUCAAACAGUCAAACCACGAAAUUUCGGUAACCGAAAAAAAUGGCAAGAUAAAAUCAGCGAAGAUGUAGAGAAAUUGAAUAUUCGGAAUUGGCGACGAGAAACACUUAAUCGUGACAAAUGGCGAGAUACAAUCAACAAAUAUGUUCACUCAAACAUACCUUCCUCAAACAUUGCAGAAGUCGUACAACAAUACAAACAAAAAUCACAACAACGACGAGCAACAACAAACGCACCUUCUCCACCAAAGAUCAUCGACGUCCUAGCUAAACAAGGUCUCAAGAAUCUAGAUGGUACGUAUACAUGCCCCAAUUCAAAGUGUUCAGGGAGACUGUUCAAGCCUCAAGGUAUUACUGGACAUAUCAAGUCGUGUGCAAAGAAAUGGUGCACAAAAAAUGGAAUUUCAACGAAAUGA